AUGAUUGCCCGGCCAUUGUCGCACACCCUCCGGGCGCGCUGUUUGCUCCGCAAGCCACAAAACACCCAGGCCUUCUCAAGCAGACCUAGUCUCCGUGCUGCUGAUCACGGCGACCACUACGAUCCCCCCACCGGGUGGCUGUUCGGUAUCAAGCCCGGUCAGAAAUACGUGAAGGAAGGCUGGGAGAACAUCUGGUACUAUGGCUUCAUCGGAAGCUUUGUGGUCGCUGGCGUCGCAUACGUUUUCAAGCCGGACACUUCUAUACAAACAUGGGCUCUUGAAGAGGCCCGACGGAGACUGGAAGCCGAGGGCAUCCUGGAGGACCCCGAUAAGGCGAAGAAAUAA